AUGGCGUUAUUAGCCCAAUCACUUAAACAUAAAGUGACAGCGCUAGCUCACUUUACCACAGUAAUAAGCAGAUUAUCUAGCAUUAGCAAUCAACAUAGGAACACUGUACUAAGGGUCAGGCUGCCAUCUCUCCAAGGAAUAUAUUUACAGUCAUCUGAGAACAACAAAGAAUGUCUCAAAUGUAGAUGAAAAUGAACACUGUCUGAUUAGAACAUUGCAGCACUGAAGCCAGCGCCAUAAGAAAUGCAUUGAUUGAAAAUUCCAAUGCAUACAAAUCGUGGAAACAUACCGUACACAUUAUGUCUUCCUAAAUGUUCGGCGAACACACAACAAACACAAAAUAUAACUUGCAUCAGACUGUGUGUAGAAAUACAGUACAACAUUACUUCAGAAUAGUCAGAACCGUAAGGGAAAAAGAAUCACUGAAAUAUCGCACAUAAAGCUGUUGAAUAGAGAAAAUGUAGUCAGUACUGCCCUCCACACUUACGCGUCGCUGUGGCGCCGACUGAGAGCGGUCUUUGCCGCAGUGCAAACGCUUUGGGUUUCCUGUAGAUUCAGAGUGUGGCGUUUGUAGGUUAACUUGCGUCAGAAAGAGAGUGAGAGAGGAGAGAACGAGGAUUAGACUUAGGUCUGCUGCAAGAGCUUGGUGACACUGCUGCUGCAGAGUUAUAAACAAACGCAGGCAGACUGACAGGGAAGUGGGGCUUAACAAUUACUGUCAGUACAGAACUGUCGUGUCAGGGUGUAAUUUACCUGGGAAGGUGAUGUUAAAACACUGACAUUUCGUGAGUUAAUUGUUUUCUAGAUAGCGCAGGAGUAACAAGGUGCUUUUCUGUAGAUAUUUACAGUGUUUUAUACUGUCUUCGUGAACUGACAGAAGAAAUGACAGAGCUGAGAAAGAGAGGAGGCGGAGACCGUGAUGCAGAAAACAUCAGUGACAAGGAUACUGAUGGAGAUGACAGGAUUGGAGUGGGAGGAGAAGGAGACAGAGACUCCAAACCUGACACAGAUACUCCAGAAGUACAGCCCUCUGUAGAUAACACUCCCAAAUGUCUCAACAAAGCCCUGGCCGGGAUGUCUUCAAGGUGGAAGAACUGGUGGAUUCGUGGGAUCUUGACAUUAACAAUGAUUUCUGGCUUUUUUCUAAUCAUCUACAUGGGACCUCUUCCGCUAAUGCUAAUGGUCCUAGCCAUUCAAAUCAAGUGUUUCCAGGAGAUUAUAACUAUCGGCUACAGAGUUUAUCAUUCCUAUGAGCUUCCGUGGUUCAGAACACUAAGCUGGUACUUUUUGCUGUGUGUUAAUUACUUCUUCUAUGGAGAGACUGUGGCUGAGAACUUUGGGAAUUUGGUCCAAAGAGAUGAACCUCUACAGUUUCUGGUUCGCUACCACCGCUUCAUUUCCUUCGCACUCUACUUGUUAGGUUUCUGCAUGUUUGUACUGAGUUUAGUGAAGAAACAUUACCGCCUGCAGUUUUAUAUGUUUGCUUGGACCCAUGUGACACUGUUGAUUGUAGUCUCACAGUCACACCUUGUCAUCCAAAACCUGUUUGAAGGACUGAUCUGGUUUAUUGUGCCAAUCUCUACUGUCAUCUGUAAUGACAUAACGGCUUACAUUUGUGGUUUCUUCUUUGGAAGGACACCCUUAAUUAAGUUAUCUCCGAAGAAGACUUGGGAAGGUUUUAUUGGCGGUUUCUUUUCAACAGUCAUGUUUGGAUUCAUAUUUGCCUAUCUAUUGGCACAGUACAAUUACUUUGUGUGCCCUGUGGAAUACAGUGAAUCAAACAGUUUUCUAAUCGAUUGUGAACCGUCAGAUCUGUUCGUGUUGCAGGACUACACACUUCCUUCAGUGUUGCAAACUGUGUUUAGAUGGAAAACAGUGAAGCUCUAUCCAUUCCAGAUCCACAGCAUUGCGCUUUCUACUUUUGCGUCACUUAUAGGGCCAUUUGGAGGAUUCUUUGCUAGUGGAUUUAAAAGAGCUUUCAAAAUCAAAGAUUUUGCAGACACAAUUCCUGGUCAUGGUGGGAUCAUGGAUCGGUUUGACUGCCAGUACUUAGUGGCUACAUUUGUCCAUGUUUACCUCACCAGCUUCAUCAGGGGACCCAACCCUAGUAAAGUGUUACAGCAGGUUCUGGUUCUGCAGCCAGAACAGCAACUAAGCAUCUUCAACGCAUUGAAAUCCCACCUAACAGAAACAGGAAUGAUCCCGCCUGCAAUCAGGGGGCCGUAAGACUGUAAUGCAAACCUAGCGCUACGGCAUCACCACAAUAGAAAAGGACCUGCAGACUAAGACCGUCCUGCUGUAGCUUCAUACCAUUGCAGAUUAGGAUUUUAAGAAGACUGCAUAUUCUCUAACAUUACUGUGAAACACUAGUACUUUGACAUCAAGAGUUAAAAUGGGCAGCCGUCAUGCUACUGUGAGCGUUGCAUGAAAGAGUAAGCAAUGGGAGACUACACUGGUGCCUGUGAUCAAGACUUUAAAAACAAUGUGAAAGUAACAUUGUUGGGUUUGUAAAAUGCUUCGUUCAUGUUCAGAUAUUCUGCUGAAUGAAAUUUAUGAAGGAAGGAAUGGUACGAAGUAUUAGUCUUUCCUACAGAAGGUAAACUUCGUUUGAAUAUGGAGGUAAAGUAAAUGGACCUUUUUACUCUAUUUAUGUUGAACUGAACAAAACUUACUCGGUUAUAAUAGGAAGUCAGAUUUUAAACAUUUAGUUUUUUCCUGUGAAUAUUACUAAGUGAAGAUGCAUCAGACAGUGUGCAAUAACCUUAAUUUUCGCUCAAAUAGGUACUUUAUCUUUAUUUGUCCAUCACACAUUAAGGGCAAAGGAUACCGUAGAACGUACUGGGGGUCUGCUCCAAAUGUUGAAAUUAAGCAGCUGAGUUCUUCUCCAGCAGGAUCAUAGCAAUAGAUAUAUACAAUGUAUAGUACCAGCCCAAGUAUAUAAAAAUAAAUACAU